AUGAAGCUCGAAAAGUCCGUGUUUGUCCCGCUCGCUCUUGGCUACCAAUACCAGCAAUAUCCUCAACAAUCCCAACAGCAGCAGCAGCAACCUCAAGUUCCUCAGUAUAUUCCGCAACAAGGUUCCUUAGGCUUUCAAGAACAGGUGCCUCAGCAACCGCAGAAUUCGCCCCGAAGACCUCGAAAAACGAAGUUUUUCGCCAAGCAGAACUCUUUCCACAAAAACAACAACGCACCUGCCGAGCCUGCCCGCCAUCGGGAUCAACAUCGCUGGGAAAUCUCAGGAUGCCACCCGCAAAUGAUCGAUGCGCAGAUAGGCUUUCGCCAGAACCUGGUUUCCGAAUCCUUCCCAAACAUCAAUCCAGGCGCCCAAAGCUGCACUUGGAAAAUUCGCUCGCCCGUCGGGACGUACAUUAAACUCACGUGGCGCGACUUCAUUUUGGACAACUGCGGUAAAGCUUCGAUUACGAUUUUCGACGGGCUAGAGGAGACGGCACAUUCUACGGCGAUAUGCGGCAGGUCGAAGCCUGCUGAUUUCGUUACGUCAGGCCGCUUUGUUACGAUCAAACUGUAUGCGCCGAAGGCGAUCGCUCCUGAAGGAACAAAGUUCAUGGUCGGAUUCGAAGCCGUCAAGGAUGCCCGGAUGUAUCCAAAUAUUCAACCCAGGUUAAAAAACGCGCAGUUUGACACUGGCGUGCCGACUUUCAAAAACCUCCAGCAACCGGGACUCAAACAAGUCGGCAAAUUCGAGUUCGAACUGGAGAGCUCGCCCGACGCUGAAUCUGGGAAGCCUACUAUUUCGAGCGCAACAAGAUCCAACGUACCCAUCAUUCUUGGAAUAGGUAUUGGUGUGCUGCUGGCGAUUAUCCUGACAUUCAAAUACUGCUGCGCCAAGAAGCAAAAAGGCGAAGACGAAGAUGAAGACAACGAAACAAAGACGCCGGCAAAGGUUGAGCCUUUAAAGCAACCGGACGACUACGAUACGGAGAGGACUGGAAUGAUGGCCGUUAUCAUCGCGAUUCUGACAGCCGCGCCCGAACUGUACGUCUGGGAUGAAGUAGAGUAUCCUCUUACAAUCCCUGCCGAUACAAACAUCUCUCUUCCCGAACUCACGGAGGAUUUUCCCGAUUACCUGGCGAAAAACGAGCUUUUCAACAAAACAGAGCUUUUUGAAAGCCACUUUGAGAACUUCUCAGGAGAAGCUUCUGAAUCAAAGCCAAAGCAAUGCAUGAAUACGAUUAUUCUGAGGGGCAAGAUCUACUACGCCUGGUAUCAUGGACUCAUAGUUUCUUUCAACUUUAUCUUCCCGCUGAUUCUAGUGUCAUGUGUUUACCUGGCUAUAAUUAUCAGAAAUAGUAUAACGAUGCGCAAAUUCAAAAGAAAAGAUGAUUUCAACUCUUCAAGCGUCAGGGGUCGUCUCUCUUCCAGUUCUUACAGGAAUUGA